GCAUUGUAAGAAUCGGCCAGCGGGGGAGUGCAGUCAGGAGGCUGAUUACGAGUACUGACUGGGUUGCGUCCAGAUCAAGCAGAUCAAGCACUCUCACUCCAUGUCAUUCGUCCAUCCUGCACCCCCGUCACCUGCGGCGUCACGCGAGUCAUCACUGCCUAGCUAUUCAUUUUUGAUUCCGCGGUCUUUCCCCCCCGCCUCCCGUCCGGUGCGUAGCCCCGGACUAGUUGACAAUGGCAAAACCCUUUUACAGAUCAUCUCACCAUCCCCCCCACCAUCAUCCCCCGGGUUCCUCUUCCUUUCUCAUUUUAUUAGGGUUGGCCAUUCUUCUCUGACUCAUCGCCAAUCAUGGACAGCUACGACUGCUGAUACAGCUCAUCAUAGCUGCAUCAGCGGUGACAGAAACACCGAGCUAGAUCAUCUCAUCAGACGACUCGUCGGUCCCUCAGGGGUGGAGCCUAACGAUGCCGACGGAAUCAUCUCCGUUCCCAUCCCUCACACCUUCGACCUCAUCAGCACUGUCCUACCUUUCUUCAUCUCAAUUCAUCAAAUGCGCCAUCUGUGGAUCAGGUGCUCUUGAUUCUGGAUCUAGUCCAAGACAUCAAGAUCGACAUGGCGUCGUUUUGCUCGUUUCGCCUCCCGAGCGGAUCUGCGGGUCAUGCGUCAGAUCGCAAGACGGCAGGUCUCGUGCCGUCGAUUCCUUCGAGGAGGAGAUGGCAUCAAUGAGCGUUACAGAUCUCGUUAUCGAGGAAGCAAGAGAAGGGGAGAACAGUGAAGGAGCGAGCGACGAGGAGCGCGGGAGAAUCCCAAGCGUACAUGCCGCAACCAGAUCUCGACCAAUCCCUUUUCGCGGCAGUGUCUCGUGCCAGAGUCGAUCCGACAGCCAGUCGCAAUCCUUGCCCGCACAGCAUUCGAGACAAUGGAAUACAUUAAGCCCGAGCAUUCCAGCGAUCUCAGAGCAACCCGCUACCGAUAUUAUCUGGGACGAGGCUGAGGAGGACGAACCCGUUCUUAAUCCCCUUCUAGACGUCACGAAGCUCAGAGUAUCGAGUGCUGGACGAGGAGCCCUGUUCGCUGGUAGCAUCUUUCGAGGUACGCAAACGAGUGGCAGAAGCGCGUACGAGGUGGAGGUCAAGUUUUUAGAUGUCAACCUUGCCGAAUCCACGGUGUCCGGCUACCUCUCCAUCUCUCAUUUAACAGACGCACACCCGCAUCUCACGACCUUCUUCACCGGCGAGAUCAUCGGUCCGAAAUUCGGUUUCCUCACUGGCGCGCGGUAUGGUGCGACAGAACACGAUGACAUGCGGCACUGGGGCAGGUUCGAGCAGUUCAGACGCCCGUCGACACGGGCAGACAUCUUGCGACCAGACAUGGUUUUCCGAGACCCGCUGCCCGAUUGGAGUCGCGGUGAAACGCAGGCUAAAGAACGUGAUUUCGUGUUCUUGAGGCUAAAAGAGAGGUUCUUGGUGCCCGAUCAUACCGUCAGAGAUAUCAGCGGUGCCAGCUUUGCCGGCUUCUAUUUCGCCAUGAUUGAUCUCGCGCCUUCAGCUACUGCCGAUGAAACGCCUGCCAGCCCCUCAUCGCCUACGAUCCCCAAAACGGCUUUAUCAAUCUCUCCAACGAGCCCAACUGUCUUCAGACGCAUGUCCUCAUCAGGAGACCGUGCGCAUCUCCCACGGAGAAGAAGCUCCUCCGUCAAAGUCAGAGAAGAGGUCUCGCCACCACGAAGCGAAGCCACCAUCAGGGGAUAUUACUUCCAUUCUUUGAAUCAGGAACCUUUUCAAGAGCUGUUCCUCACUCAUGUACCGGCAAAGAGUGACGGUACGUUUGAAAUGCGUUGAUUUAUCUCUAGCACAUUUACUGUUGUUAUUCUCAUUCCUCGGUUGUACAUUGUUAAGCGGAUUCGUCAGAUAUAUCUCAUGCUCGUUGUACUUAUGAGGGCGGAUCGUCUCGAUGAAUGCAUGUGAACGUCCAAUGUAUGCGCUAAUGGCCAGGCCACGCCACCAAGAUACAGAACCAAAGCGCGAGCCAUCUGGCGAGAUCUGCAAGCCUGUUGAUAGGCCGCCUCGAGCGAACGCAGGCUUUGAACCGGUCCUCGUCAUGCCAAAAUGCAAAGAC